AUGGACGUAUUUGUCACUCGAUUACGUACUUUGAGCAAAACAUGUGUUUUUGGUGAACAAACAGAUGAAGCUAUUCGUGAUCAAGCAAUUGAUAAAUGUGUUUCAAAAGAACUUCGCCGUCGUUUACUUCGCGAACCUGACAUCGACCUCUCGAAGCUAUUGACAAUUUCCCGCGCAUUUGAACAGUCUCAUUUUCAAGCUCAAGAAAUGGAACAGCCCUUUACGCAACCUAGCGAUUCCAUCAAUGCCAUUCGACCUAGGUACAACACAGAGAACUCCGGUGGUUCUCGCCGUGAAACUCCAAGCCACAUUAAUAAUAAUACUGGAGCUAGUCGAGGAGCUAGUAAUCCGUCACUAUACAAUCAAUCAAAACAAGAGUUUACAAGAUGGCGUUCUCAGCCUUGUUAUUGUUGUGGCAACACGGGCCAUCGUGCAAAAGAUGUUCGAUGCCCUGCAAAUGGAAAAACAUGUAGAAGUUGUAACAAAGUUGGUCAUUUUGCCUCGGUAUGUCGGAGUCGGCCAAAGCCAGCUAACUAUACAUCACCACCUCAAAAUCAGGCUCUCCAGGUGAGUGAACAAAACAAUGCUACUUCCUAUUCAGAUGAUGAUGAAUGCAUUUUUCGUGUACAACAAUUUCCAAAUUUACCUACUACUGACAUUAAUGUUGACGGGUUGUCAGUGCCUGUCGUUAUUGAUUCUGGUGCAACCGUAAACAUUGCGGAUAUUGACACAUAUUAUAAGUUACGUACACUUAGGAAAGUUGAAAUUAUGCCCUCUAACAUUCGGUUGUUUACAUAUGGUUCAACAAUUCCAUUGAACAUCUUGGGGACAAUAACUGUCAAAGUUGAACGCAAUGGAAAGCAAAUUCUUGCCCAGUUUGUAGUAGUCAACAACCGAGGAACAGGGUGCCUUUUGGGUCAUAAAUCUGCUACAGAACUAGACCUUCUGCAUGUUGCCAACUCAGUUUCCAUACAGUCUGAAGACAUUUCUUCAAAAAUUUCUGCUAAAUUUCCCAAAGUCUUUGAAGGUGUGGGCAAACUAAAAGAUUUUCAACAAACCAUCCAUGUUGAUCCCAAAAUUCAUCCUGUUGCCCAAGCACCCCGCCGUGUCCCAUUUCAUGUUCGCCGCAAAGUAGAAGCCAAACUAGACGAGCUACAGCGCUUAGACAUCAUUGAGCCAGUCACUGGGCCAACACCAUGGGUGUCCCCCUUGGUUGUAGUGCCCAAGCCAAAUGGGAAGGUCCGUAUCUGUGUAGAUAUGCGUCAAGUCAACACAGCAGUGAUCAGAGAAAGGUACCCAAUUCCCACCGUAGAGGAGAUUUUACAGGAUUUAACUGGUGCAUGUGUCUUCUCAAAACUCGACUUAAGAUGGGGGUACCAUCAGAUUGAACUUGACGAACAAUCAAGGCAUUAUACAACAUUUGCUACACACACCGGUCUCUAUCGCUACAAGCGCCUUAUGUUUGGUGUUUCUGCGGCACCAGAAAUAUACCAACAUGUGAUUCAACAAUCUCUCCAAGGGUGCCCUGGGAUGCGAAACAUCUCGGAUAACAUAAUUGUUUUUGGGAAAACCCAACAGGAACAUGAUCAUAACCUUAACACUGUCUUAGCAACACUCCAAGAGUGUGGUCUGACUCUCAAUAGAGACAAAUGCAAAUUUAAUGUUUCUGAAGUCACAUUUUUUGGGUAUACCAUUUCGGCAAAUGGUAUACGACCCACCGAUGAGACUGUGACUGCCAUUCGAAAUGCCCCAAAGCCAUCCACUGCCUCAGAGGUCAGAAGUUUCUUGGGUCUUGUGAACUACUGCAGCCGGUUUAUCCCAAAUUUCUCCACCGUAGCAGCCCCACUUCGACAGCUCACACACAAAGGUGUACCAUUUACAUGGACCAAACUCCACCAAAAUGCAUUCGAAUCCUUGCAGAAAACUCUUACUAGCAAUUCCGUCAUGGCACAUUUUGAUCCCAGUGCCCCCACUCAGCUUCGUGUUGACGCCAGUCCAUUUGGCCUGGGGGCUAUAUUAAUCCAAACUCAUGGCGAUGAAACCAGACCAGUAGCCUAUGCAAGUCGCACUCUUACAGCCGUUGAGAGGCGUUAUUCUCAGACCGAGCGUGAGGCCUUGGCGGUUGUCUGGGGAUGUGAACGGUUCCACCUCUAUCUAUAUGGGACAACCUUUGACAUCUAUACAGAUCACAAGCCUCUUGAAAUAAUCUACAGUCCGACGUCAAAACCCCCUGCGCGCAUUGAACGGUGGGGCCUUCGCCUGCAACCGUAUAAAUUUUGCGUUAAGUAUUCACCUGGAAUUGGUAAUCCUGCGGAUGUACUUUCUCGUUUGCCACUUCCCAAUGCAACAACCACUACACGCAACACGGCUGAAGAAUAUGUUCAGUUUGUCGCUCAGAAUGCAGCUCCCAAGGCCCUGUCUUUUAGUACAAUAAAAGAAGCUACCAACCAAGAUCCAGUUCUUCAAUUUCUUCGCGAGUGUAUCAUGAAGAACAAUUGA